AUGAUGUUGUUCCAAAUCAACAAUACUGGUAUCCACUUGGAUAGUGGAUCUACUUUUCAUUUGCAAACCAAUGAAGAUGAUUUUAAAGAAGGAAGUCUACAAGGAAUUGAUGGAGGAUUCCAUUAUGCCUCUAAUGUGGAGGGAAGAAACCUUUAUCGAGAAGGAAUUGACAAGGUAUUUGAUUCUAUUUGUAAGCUUGAUACACGAGCUAGCGACAACAUCAACAGUUUGUCGAACAUGGUACAAGAUGGAUUUGAUGUAUUCAUGGACACAAAGAGAGAGAACAGCUUCUUUGUAACCAGAAACGAUUUGGAAAUUGCAAUGGACUAUAUACUUUAG